AGCCAUGCACAUCCACAGCCGGAGUGCCCUAGAAUGUGCCUACCGUACCCACCUGAUUGCCGGGGUGGGCUUCUACCAGCAUCUCCUCCUCUACAUCCAGUCCCACUACCAGCUGGAGCUGCAGUACUGCAUCGACUGGACCCACGUCACCGACCCCCUGAUCGGAUGUAAGAAACCUGUGUCUGCUUCAGCCAAGGAGAUGGAUUGGGCCCAGAUGGCAUGCCACCGCUGCCUGGUCUACCUGGGAGACUUGGCUCGCUAUCAGAAUGAACUGGCGCUCGUGAACACGGAGAAGUUAGCGGAGAGAUUUUACUACCAAGCACUGACUGUUGUCCCGCAGAUGGGAAUGCCAUUUAACCAGCUCGGCACAUUGGCGGGGAGCAAAUAUUACCACGUGGAGGCCACUUACUGCUACCUGCGCUGUAUCCAGUCUGAAGUCUCGUUUGAGGGCGCAUAUGGGAACCUGAAGAGACUGUACGACAAGGCAGCUAAAAUGUUUCAUCAGCUGAAGAAGAUGGAGAACCGGAAGUUGUCACCCAGCAAGAAGCGCUGUAAGGACAUAAAACGAUUGCUGGUCAGCUUCAUGUACCUGCAUAGACUACUGCAACCAAAGAGCAGCUCAGUGGACUCGGAACUCACCUCUCUGUGUCAGUCCGUUCUGGAGGAUUACAACCUGUGCAUGUUCUACCUCCCUUCAUCCCUGAACCUGAGCUCGGCCAGUGAGGACGAGGAGGAGUAUGAUGGAGGCUACUCCUUCCUGCCAGACCUGCUCGUCUUUAGGAUGGUGGUGAUCUGCCUGAUGAGUGUUCACAGCUUGAAGAGGGCAGAUUCCAAGCAAUACAGCGCUGCCAUAGCUUUUACCCUGGCUCUCUUCUCCCACUUGGUCAACCAUGUGAAUAUAAGACUGCAGAGCGAGUUGGAGGAGAGCUCUGUCCCCGCUUUUCAGAAUGACAAUCCGGAUGACCCGGAAUCCCGGGAGGUCUCGGACGUGAUUGGGAAAGACGCAGAGCCGGAGAUGAACCAGGUCAACAAGCAGCCGAAAUCCAAACCCGGAACCAAGAAAACCCUCAAGUUCUCUCGCCUCUCUCGCCUACGCCGGCGGAGACACGCACGGAAGGCAGACGAGAGCGACUUGAGCGAGGGCUUCGACUCCGACUCAAGUCACGGCUCAGCCAAAGGAAGUGACAACUCCGAUAGCGCUUCAGAGAAGAGUGACGAGGAGGCUGCCUUUGACAUGGAAUCGGAUUCGGAUAUGAACAGUCAGGAGUCGCGCUCAGAUUUAGAAGAUAUGGAAGACGACCACGGCGAGGAGGGCAAGAGCCCGAAGGAGUCUAAGGAAGCAGGCAAAACCUAUGAGGAGAUGGCGGCGAGUCCAGCCAAAACUGAGGCUCCGGAGACCACGGUUAACUGUCCCGGACCCACCACCAGCGAGGCCAGCAUAGCCAGCAACCUCCAGGCAAUGUCCACCCAGAUGUUCCAGACCAAGCGUUGCUUCCGCCUGGCGCCCACCUUCACCAACGUCUUUGUGAAACCUUCUUCUGAGCCCGCUGCCUAUAGCGCCAAAGACCAAGUGCCACUAGUCAACGGAGACGUGGAGAAGCCGAAUUCUGCACAGAAAGUGGACGUCUCUGACUCUGAGGAGAGCGUGGAGAGCAGCAAGUCCUGUCACAAUGAGAAGACUCUUCAGGAGAAGCUGGAGGUCAUCACCGCCGAGGGGCUUCUGGCCACCGUCAAGAUCUUCCUGGACUGGCUGAGGACCAACACAGACAUCAUCAUUAUGUGUGCGCAGAGCUCGCAGAGUUUGUGGAACCGGUUGUCUGUGCUGUUAAACCUUCUACCUUCUGCAGCCAAGAUCCAGGAAUCUGGAAUCUCCCUGUGCAGUGAGGUCCAGCACUUGCUGCAGGGAUCCGAGCAGGCAGACAUGAACAUCCACCUGCUGCUCCCGGAGGAUGCCGCCCUGAGGAACCUGCCGCCGCUGAAGGCCGCACACCGCAAGUUCAACUUUGAGAAGGAGAGGCCGGAUCUCACGGUGCUGGAGGAGUCCAUCGUGCGAAGCUGCUACAUCCGAAGUUACGGCCAUUUCCUCACCCAUCUGCAGGGGAAGGUCCUACAAUACAACCCGGAGCUGGCCAUAUUCACCAGUAUCGCCGAGUCCCAGCAGGACAACAUCCUCCACCAGGCCCAGGCUCAGUUCCGGAUGGCGCAGGAAGAAGCUCGCCGGAACAGACUCAUGAGAGACAUGGCCCAGCUAAGACUCCAGUUGGAAGUGUCGCAGUUGGAGGGCACCCUCCAGCAGCCCAAAUCUCAGUCGGCCAUGUCUCCGUACCUCAUCCCAGACACACAGGCCCUCUGCCAACAUCUGGGCGUCAUCCGGCAUCUGGCAAACAGCGGGCGUUUCAUCAUUAUCAUCCCGCAGUCAGUUAUUGAUGGACUAGACUUUGUAAAGAAGGAGAACCCCGGGGCCCGAGACGGGAUCCGAUACUUGGAGGCGGAGUUUAAAAAGGGAAAUCGGUAUAUCCGCUGCCAGAAGGAAGCCGGGAAGAGUUUUGAGCGAAAUAAAUUAAAGCGACAGGACGUUGACGCCUGGCAUCUCUACAAGAUCCUGGAUAGCUGCAAGCAGUUGACUGUUUCACAGGGAAGCAACGAAGAGGAGACGGCUGGCAUGGUCACCAUUAUCACCGGUUUUCAGAUAGAGGAACCCGAAUGUUUCUCCUCUGCCAUGCAGUCUGCCCUGCAGGUCGCCGCCAGCUCCAGCAUUGAGAUCAAGAACGUUCUAGAUUUCUACAAGCAGUGGAAGGAGAUGGGCUGACAGUCCGAGGUGAUGACCGUUCAUAC